CUAGUUGAGUCGAAUGAAAACUGUGUGUAUAUAGAAUUCUUCAAAAAGCCCAAAGUUAAAGCUAAUGAGAUGAAUAUGUUGACAAUAUGUUAAAAUAAUUUUCUCUCAGCUCUUAUCUUAACCCAAACCAUGUUUUUUUUCCUUUUUUACAUGACAUGGCGAUAAGUUUUUUUUCCUCGUUAUUGCAAAAUUAUCUUAUUGAGUUCAGGAUGCAUUUUUUCGUCUGAGGUGUAUGCAUUGUUUUGCCCUUUCUUGCAGUUACAAAGAUCCUAAAAUUUGAAUCACAGGCUUUUUAAAAUAUGUAUAAAACCCUAUAAUGUUUAAAUAUGGAAAAAAGCAUGUGAAAGCAUUCAUUUUCUUAUAUUUCCAUAUAUGUCUUAAUUUUUUAUGCCACUUUCAUACACAGUUUCUCACCACAAUUUUGAACUUGAAUAUAUUUUGUAAACACACUUCAGCAAACUGUCAAUAUUGCAAAUUGCAAUUGAAAAACCAGCCAAUUAAUUCAAGUUUAUGUCCCUCAUUUCACACAUUGAUUUACUCGUUUUAUCUUCCAGGUUUUAGCCAUAAAAUUUACUGAACAUGUUCAAUUUCCACUAUUUUCCUCUGUAUAUUUUUAAAGGUGUUUGUUGUGUUGUACUUGUAAAUAUGAUUCAUGCACCAUCACAGUAAUAAAUGUGCUUGAAAUCAUCCUAUUAGGGAAGAAGACAUGAGAAGUGUCAUGAAACCCAGAGACAGUAUAAUAAAUUUAUAAGUGAGAAACAGGAAGUUUACAAGAAUAUUAAACCACAGUAAGUAGAAGAGUAAGACAGUGGGCAGUCAGCUUUCAGUAAAUAUUAAUCACAGACGGUUUCUAAAAUGUGAAUAUGUGCCUUUCUGAAAGACAGUCGCCAAAUUCAGAAAGUUGGAUGUUCUAGAAUUCUGUCCCAUGAUGUAUUUUGUGUCUAUAAAUUUUAUUAGAUCAAUUAUAUAAAUGGCUCAUAAAUAUAAUAGUAAUUGAGUUUCCAUGAAACAAACUACUUAUCCCCAUUCUAUGAUUUGUUGCUGGUGGAUUAGUAUGCAUAAAAUAACUUUCGACUUUCAUUUUUCGUUUGUGUGCCGAAGUCAAGACUUUUGGCCAGAUGUAAAUACAUUUGUGCUAGAGUGCAGAAAGUCGGAAAGACUCAGAGAACCCAUGUAUGCCAAACUAUAUUAAGUGGGAAUUAAAAGAAGCUUUGAUUUCACUGUGAAAACUUGAUAUGAAUCUUUGAAAAAUAUAUCCUUUUCAAAAAUUUUAAAUGUAAAUAAAACCGAAUAUGCUACAAAUCCCUAGUCGUUUCAGACCUAUCUCUGUUUUACUUACAGCGUGACAGUCAACAAAGAUUUUAUUGUGCGACAAAUUAAUGAUCAACUUGCAACAAAGCAUUUAUCUUCAACUGGAAUAGCACAAAUACUGUAUCACACAGUUUAAUAAUGAAGAAACUUUUAAGAAGUCAGAAAUGUCAAGAUAUCAAUGUGAUAUGGAUAAAGUCUGAACAGAGCAAAUGAAGUGAUUAUUUCAAUUCAGAUAUAGAAAAUUACAGUAAUUGCAUCAAUUUUCAUGCCACAUCAAACAUUUGUAUCAUUGAAGAUGGACAAGGAAUCCCUGCUAUAAAGUCACAGGGUCAAAAUUCAAUAUGAUUGCCGAUCAAGCCAAGAAUGCAGACGAAGGGUAACUCUAAACCAAAAAAUAUUUAUAAUACAAACGCGUGCCCAGCCAGGUGUAACCGUUACGCAUAAUGGUAUAGUACUAUUUUUAUGGAAGGCAACUCAGCUGCUUUUGAGAUACCACAACAAAACAUUAUUGGAAGCUCACAAAUGUGAUAAGAAAUUGUACAUGAGUAUAGAUUUAAACAAAUACAAUGUCUGAUCAACACAGUGUUAUAAUAUUUGGUGGUACAGGGCAUUCAGGAAAAUAUAUACUGAAGCGAGCUGUGGCUGAAGGACACCAAGUAACCGCUUUUGUCAGAACACCCUCAAAAGUGCCAGAGAAGAUUAAAAAGAAUAUUCAGAUUGUACAAGGAGAUGUUUUGAACUCUGAACAAGUGGGAAACGCAAUUAAAGAUCAUGAUGUAGUUUUGUCAGCACUGGGAAAAGGACUAAGUCUCGGUCCAACAACGUUAAUGUCAGAAGGAGCCAAAAACAUAGUGUCUGGUAUGAAAAAACAUGAAGUGAAAAAUCUCGUCAUGAUUUGUGGAGCGGGGAGUCUACCAAAUCAAACAUCACCCUGGCUAUUUAGACAUAUUGGCGAAGACCAUAAGAGAGUGGUUGAAAUUCUUAAACAAGAAAAUGAAUCGUUAAGAUGGGUAACUCUCCACCCUCCUUUAAUCAGGGGCUCAGGAAUCAUUAGUCCAAAUUACCAGAUCGAGAAAGAUAACACAGGAAAACUUUAUGUUAAUGCUGGUGAGAUUGCAGACUUCAUGAUGAAAUAUAUCAGUGAUGAGGAAACUGUCAAAAAAUAUCAGAACUGCUUACUAGGAAUAUCAGCAGGCCCUUCUUCUGUCUGCUCAAUCAUAUAGCUUAAAUUAUUGAACUAUGCCAGUGUUUCAGUGUUCAAGAUGCAAGUUUAGCAUUAUUUUGCUACAGAAGUCAUAACAUAUUGCAUUUUAUAGUUAUAUUUAUUUAUUUGACUACAUCAGAUUUAAAAAAAAAUAUUACCUCAUUGCUUAUCUAUCUAUUUUCUGCAACAUAUGAAUAUUAGAGUGUGAGCUUACAGUGAAAAUCACUUUCAAUUUACAUUAUUUAAUACAGUAUAAGUGAUUUUAUAAGAUUUUUUAUGAGUCAUACUUUUUUCAACAAAUUUUACACUAUACAAAGUACUCUAAAUCCUGUCUUUGCAUCUAAAAUUAUAUUAUGUUAUAAUCUCUAUCUUCCACUUUUUCUACUUGCCACUCAUGUCACAGUUUUUUAGUUUACUAUUAACAGUACUAGACUGAAAGAACAGUUUUCUAUACUACUUUAUUUCAAUAUUUGUUGAUUAUUUCAGUACAAAUGGCAAAAAUCUUUCUGCACAAAAUGGAUUACCACGGUAAUUCUGAUAAUAAACAUUAGAUGAGUAGUAAACAGAAUGUGUAAUAAAUUUUCAUUAUUUUCAUCCAUACUCCACUACUUAUUUCAAGACAAUACGUCAUGAACAAAAUUCUAGUACAGUGAUACCUCUGUAUUCGAACAUAAUUGGAUUACCGUCAACAAUAGACAAAAUAUUAAUAUAUAUAUAAUCAUAUAUUAUAUAUAUAUACUGUACUAUUGAUUAUAUUUGAUUACUGAUAGAUCCAAGAAUUUCAUCCAUGUCAUCCCCAUAUUUCC